UGGGUCACUCCCGGGGCUUGUCCGUGUGGUGCACAUCUUCUCUGGCGUGUGCUGCAGAGUGGCACCAGGCCGGAAUGGAAAUUACGUCUAUUCAAAUGAGCAGAACGGCUGAGGCAGCCUAUCUGCUGGGCACUGUUGAUGAUAUGGGUGUUGCCAGAGUCUUUGCAUAUCACUGUGAAGCUAUUCACCCCCUUAGUGUUAUAAACAUCAUGGAAAAUAUCAACAAAAGGAGCAUUUGCUUGACAUUUGAACUGUCUGAAGAUGGAAAUUAUGGCGCUGCGUCAAUGAGCUGUAACGGUGCCAUUUGGCUCGAGAUUUACCAGUUCCCUUCAGAAGCUUGGCUGAAAGAGACAGAGAUGGCACUGUCACAACAGCAGGACGAAAACUCAUCUAGAGAUAAGGAUGUGAAAUGGUCUCCAGUUGCAGCUCUGAUUAAACUCAAGCCACCCAAAAUCCCAGCAGCGACAGCAUUGGAUGGUUCACUUGGAGUGUUCAAGAUGACAGAUAUUUUGACCCACUGUUUGGCUCUGGAAGGGGAGGACCGUAGGGGUCAUCAAUGGGACGGCCAGGGUUCUAGCAGACAUGCAGGAAAAACAAGGGAGAAACCAAGACGUUGCACCCAUCACUUCCUCCUGCCUUGUGGUCCGUUCCCUGGAGAGAGUAAAGCAAAAGUGCUGCCAGUAUCACCUGUUGCAGUCUGUGUGUGGUGGAGUGGCAGCCAUAAUCUUCUUCAGUAUAUGCUGCAGAAAGCACCAAAGAACAAAACAGGAAUGGUGUCAUCGGCUUAUCUAGUUUUAUUCCAACGUACUUUUUUUGUUCUAGAGAGGUGUAACUUUUCUCUUUUUGACCGUUCCCUCAUUGACACAGACGUGGAACCCACGCCAGAUGUUUUAUGGCCAAAUGCAAAGGAGAUCCUGUGCUCUGCCGUUAGUAGAUGCAGCCGUCACGUAGCUCUCGGGCUCGAUGGUGCUCUGGUGUGUGUGUGGGACAGGCAGUCUGGGUCUCCAUUGUCGAUUGUCGACGUGUCGGCAGCAGACCGUGCCUUCUUCAGGAUGCAAUUUGUGGAUAACUGGCCUGAGCCCGCUGACGUUUGCCAGACUUCUACCACAGCAAAAGUCUGUCUUUUGUUGUUGUGUAAAAGUGGAGAAAUGUAUACAGUCACAGCAGGAGGAGGAACCCGAUCCUGCACAGUGCAGCUCUCUGAAAGGCCAAAAGACAGCGCAGACCUUCCAACUGUCACUGCUUCAGUCCCGUUCCUGCAGAGUUUGUCUCUUGUGGUGCAAAGAAAGGGAAAAAUGUUCCUUCAAGAUGUCAUCAACAGAACCAAUGUUUGCUCCUUGAUUCUUCCCAAAACUCAUCGGAUUGCUACUCCCUGCAAUCCUGUUUAUGCUCUGAACCCCACGCAGCAGACUCUUUUCAUACAAGGUGACCAGGAAUCCAGCUCCAGUGCGUCAUCUGAAGUAGAAAGCCAGAGUCAGCUUUUCAUCUUCCGUUUGGGAGAGCAUGAAAUUAUCAAGCGGUAUAUUGUUUCACUUCCAGACUCUCCGCAACAACUAAACACACUCAGCUGUGUCACUCUUGAGGAAACGUGCAAUCUCUACCUGCAGCAAAGAGCGCAGUCUGUGGAUGAAAGGAACAAAGCUUUAAGGCAGACAUGGAAGCGUCUACAGGAAACUGCAGUGAGGGUACAACAAAGAAACAGCAAAGCUGCAGCCAGCUGAAGAACCAACACUUUUUGCACAGAGGUACUAUUGAACGUUUUGUUUGUGUACGUGUUCAUUUUAUGACGUUAAAAGCUUGCCACCACCUUGACUUCACUCUUCUCAACAUACAGUGUACUCAUGCAAUUUUCCAUGUGAAAUGGAAUAUAAUAGAAUAUAGUAGUGGUGAAUUUUCUUGAAAUGUUUGAUAAAAUGUAUGAAGUAAGUGAAAAAAUAAAUAUCAAAUACAGACAUAUUUUUUCCAUAAACCAUAGAUUUUAUAUUGUUUGGAGAGGCGUUGAAUCCAGUAACUGAUAUUUAGCUGUCUGCUAUGUAAAUGAUGAAAUAUAAUUUUUUCUCCGGGGAUUUAAAAAAAUUAA